AAUCAUCUGUCAGUUGCUCCUCUUGUUAGCCGUUAGCUCAACUGGUUCCCAGGCUGUCAGUUGCUAACAGCGGCGACAAAAUAUAGUUCUAUCCCUAUCUGUGAGCUCCACACAACCGCCAGGAUGUUUGAGGAGGCCAGUGAAGUGUUCGACAACAUGUUUAAAUCCUCCUUUCCCCUCACCUUCAUCGUGUUUAUCCCCGCGGUGCUGAUCCUGGUGUCUCCGCUACCGGCCGAGGCGGCUCAUGAGUUCACGGUUUACCGCAUGCAGCAGUACGACCUGCAGGGUCAACCAUACGGUACCAGGAAUGCCAUCCUGAAUACGGAGGCUCGUACUGUGGAAGCAGAGGUACUAAGUCGCCGCUGUGUAAUCAUGCGGCUUGCAGACUUUUCCUACGAAGAGUACCAGAAAGCGCUUCGACAGUCAGCAGGAGCUGUGGUCAUCAUCCUGCCCAAGAACAUGUCUGCUAUGCCGCAGGACAUAGUGCAGCAGUUCAUGGAGCUGGAGCCGGAGAUGUUGGCCACUGAGACCAUCGUCCCCGUAUACUUCGCCAUGGAGGACGAUGAGCUGCUGUCCAUCUACACCCAGACCCUGACAUCGUCCUCCUCACAGGGCUCCCUAUCAGCAGCUGAAGUGCUGCUGCACACAGCCACAGCCAACGGCUUCCAGAUGGUGACCAGUGGAGCUCAGAGUAAAGCCAUCAGUGACUGGGCCAUCACCAGUCUAGAGGGUCGUCUGGCUGGAGUCGGAGGAGAGGAUCUGCCCACCAUCGUCGUGGUCGCUCACUACGACUCUUUCGGGGUCGCUCCGUGGCUUUCAUACGGAGCGGACUCAAACGGCAGCGGGGUGUCGAUGUUACUGGAACUCGCUCGCCUCUUCUCAAAACUUUACACGUACAAGAGGACGCACGCUGGGUACAACUUGCUGUUCUUUGUAUCCGGUGGAGGAAAGUUUAACUACCAGGGCACCAAACGCUGGCUGGAGGACAAUCUGGAUCACACAGACUCCAGUCUGCUGCAGGACAACGUGGCCUUCGUGUUGUGUUUGGACACGCUGGGAAACGGGGACUCUCUGCACCUGCACGUGUCCAAACCUCCCAAAGAGGGGUCUCCUCAGUACACCCUGCUCAAGGAGCUGGAGCUGGUCUCAGAGAGUCAGUUCCCGGAGGUGAAGUUCUCGAUGGUUCAUAAGAAGAUCAACCUGGCAGACGACAUGCUGGCCUGGGAGCACGAGCGCUUCGGGAUCCGUCGGCUGCCGGCCUUCACUCUGUCCCACCUGCCCUCCCACCGCCUGGCGCAGAGAUCCAGCAUCAUGGACGCCCGGUCAGUGUCCCCCUCCUCUCGCCACGGAGCGGGAGAGCCCCCUGCUGGGCCUCAUGUAGACGUUCAGAAGCUCAGCAGAAAUACAAAGCUGGUGGCAGAGGCGCUCGCCAGAGUCAUAUACAACCUCACAGAGAAGGGCGCUCCUGGAGACCUGCAGAUCUUCACUGAACAGAUGCAGGUGCAGGACGAGCAGCUCUCAGCGGUUGUUGAUUGGCUGACGGCUCAGCCCCGCGCCGCUCAGCUGGUGGACAAAGACAGCAGCGUGGUGUCGACGCUGGAGUAUCACCUGGGACACUACCUGAAGGACGUCAAGAGACACUACGUCAAAGCAGACAAGAGGGAUCCAGAGUUUGUCUUCUACGAUCAGCUGAAGCAGACGAUGAACGCCUACAGAGUGAAGCCGGCCAUCUUCGACCUGCUGCUGGCCGUCUGCAUCGCAGCGUAUUUAGGGAUGAUGUAUCUCGCCAUCCAGAACUUCGGGCUCCUGUACAGCGUCGCCCGCAGGAUCACGCAGCCCAAAGUGAAGUCCCACUAAAGUGCAUCCCUGCAGCGUUGUUUGUUUGUUUUUUCCACGUGUCUCCAUCUUCAUCUUCUUCUUCUUCUUCUUCAAAUCCAAGAACUUGUUUGAAAGCUGGAGCCGGGCCGGGCUGACGGGUUUCCAAAACCAGCCAGCAGAAUAUUUUUCAUUUUCCUUCAUCCACAAACUAUGAUGUCAGAUCGAGCCGCUGCCAACUCCAUUUGGUCUCCGGACCGGAAUAAUCAGGAACCAUUUCUCACACACACACACACACACACACACACACACACACACACACACACACACACACACACACACACACACACACACACACACACACACCUGUCCCAGUGAGGGAUGUAGACAAGCUUCAGGGAGGGUUUCUGAUCGUUCCUCCUCAGGAAACAGUUUAAAGUCGCUCUGCAGGAACUGACUCGGUCUCAGGCGCCUGCACCGAGGAUCCGUAAAGCCCAGAUUUACAGAAACAAAAGGACUAAUUCUUAUUUUUAAAGCUUAAUUACAAUACUCACGCUCCCACGAAGACCUUAAGAGUUAUUAGUUACUGUUAUUAUUAAUUAUACUCUCAUGGUACAUAAGAAACAACUUCUCCAUGUGCAGCGGGACAUCAAAUUUGAGUCUUUUUGGUUCAUAAUUCCCCCAUUUUUCAUAAUAAAAAGACUUAAAAAUAAACUAAUUUUAGUUUAAGUGAAUUUAUAACGGUAAUGUUGCGUUCAAAGGACUGGAUAUUGGUUUUUCAAUUUUUAUAGAUCUGCAAUUUACUAACUUAACUAACGAUCAUUUAGACUUAAACAUGUUAGAAAAACUGGAUAAAAUUCACAUUAAAAUCCAAGAUGACGUCUUUAAAUUCAAGUUUCUGUCAGACUUGGAAACAAAUGACAAAAAUGCAAGAAUUUCUAAAAUAGUAAACAUUUAAUACGCUAAAAAGAAACACUUAAAGUAUUCGCCAUUUGUACUGAAGGGAUUACUAAAGUGACAAUAGAUAUUUGCAGAUUAUAAUGCCGUAUAUGGGCCUGUGAGUAUUGUGUUGAGGAAAAUCAGAAUUUGUCUAAUUAAAUCAAAUGUGAAGUAGUGCUGAGAUUAUCCUGAUUAAAAUGCCUUGGCAGUGAAAUAAUGAGAUAAACAUUCGAUUGCCAAAUGAUUAUUGUAUGCAUUAACACCCCCCCCCCCCCCCCCUUAAUAAUGUGUAACAGAGACAUUUGAAGCCUUUCCCCCACUUUUUGUGCCCCUUUUCUCCUGUAAUCUGUGUGUCGCUGUGACUUGAUUUUUUAACUUUUUUUUUUAUGAAUAAAACAAGUCAUGCUGGUUAA